AUGUCCAGGUCUCUCAAUGCGCCCUCAGCGCGCCUGCUGCAGUCCUCGCGCCUCUUCUCCAUCCCUCGACCUCUACCGCAACCAGCUUUUGACCAGGCAACAUCGACAGGCGACUACCGCGCAUCCGAUACCGCCACCCUACCAUAUCCCGUUCAACAGGCCAUCACCACUCCAGCAUCAUCACAUUCUCGAGGAGACUUUGGUCUGAAACGUCCCUUGCCAUCCAGAGCAAUUCGAACUUCAACACCACACAUCAAGGUUAAUGCACAUGACAACUUUGCUCACAUCACCGACUUCGGCAGUGCUGCGAAUCACACGCAGACAGAGGCAAAAUGGAGGGAGAUGAAUGUACCGAUGAUGGCCAAGCCACUGCCCAGGACGAAUUACACGAACAAGGAGCCCCCCCAAAGCGCCUACGACGACAAAGUUGACCAUACCGAUCGCGAUGCGCUUCGAGUAGACGUGACUGAGAGACAGAUGCAACAAUCCGGUAGCAGUGGUCCUGAAUCCACGGAGAAGAGGAGGUGGAAGUACGGGGGUCCGUGGGUGACGGGCAUGUCAGAGGGCGAGUUUGAGAUGUACAUUGUUCAGACCAUCUCGGCCCGGAAAGCUGAGUUCAAGGAGUUCUUGAAGGAGAAGAUGCUUGAUGCACGAGUACAGCAAGAGCAGAGAGCCUCGCGAGAACAGGGGGAAGGGCGUGUCACAUACUAUCGAAAGCAGGAGCUGCGCCGGGAAAUCGAGGCAAAUUACGAGAAGGAAGAGAAGAAACUCCGUGACAACCACACCGCGCAGCGUCUGAGUUCAGAGCUGACCGCAGCAAUCUGCGACUUCUUGGACUUGCCUGGCAUCCGAGCCCCGGGUCCAGCGAAUCUCGGGCUUAAUCUUGAAACUGAAGAGCUCAGACAGCGCCUGACUGAGAAUAUCGACAAGGGCGAGAACUUGAGUCCGCCAACGACGCAUCCAGCUGCGGGACUGUCGCACCUGCGCUCCAGACUUUACAUGGAGAAUCACCCGGUUCACGGUCCCCAGGCCCAUCGGUCGCCGGUUCUCUCGCGUGUCCUGAGAGCUCGCAAUUCACAAAUCGCCGCGUCGCUAAACAACGCUGUACUCGGUGUCGGCGGUGUUGUCGCUCUCGAUCCUGUCUCAACUGGAAUCAGGGUGGGUCGUCCCCGGAAACCGAUCGACGGCGAAAAUCAGCUGGAACAUUACACCGAGUACACAAGGAUGACGGACGCGCUGGAUCAGGACAUCAAGGGCGGAAACAAAAUGUGGGUGCAGCCCGAGACUGCGUUUAUCGAUGAGAAGGGACGCGUCCGACUGCUGGUCAGCAGAGGAGAUCAGGAAGCUGUUGCAGUCAAGACCAACAGGGUGCAGCACAUCCAUGAGGCUAAGAGUGCGAGCCUUAGCUCGCCUUCAUACAUUUCUCAUGAGGGUGGCUAUGGUAACUCGAGAUACGGAACUCGUCUACCUGAUAUGAGGCACGCACGUCCGGGUCGAUCACAUGUACAAGGGUUUGACGAGGAGUUGGGCAUGUCGUCGCAACAGGGACCGAUUGAUCGGGGAGCUGCUUCAGCGAGGAUUCGAGAGUUGACAGGUGGCAGGAUGCCGAACUCAUGA